GACGCUUGACAUUGAAAGUUACGAAUUCAAAUUUGAAAACAUAAAUACAAACAUUGAAGGAAAAAUCGAUACUUCAAAGCUUCACUAUAUAAUAUAAGUUUCAAUAAUUAAGUGAAUAGUUCAGAAUGGAAAAUUUGGAUAGUGAGCAUAUUGCUCCAGCUAUUAAUUAUAAUGAGUCCAAUGUGAACAAUCAGUUAUCGUCGCAAGAAUUUCAAACAACCCUUUAUUAUUGGUUCAAUCAAAAGGGAAUAGUUUCUAAUAUGAGGUCUUAUUUGCGUAUGAAAAUGAUAAAUGCUCUAAAAACAACGGCAAUAGGAGAAUCACUCAAAACUAAUGUCAAUGCUAAUAUAGAGGAUCAGGCUUUAAAUGUUUUGAUAGCAGAUUAUUUAUUUCAACAUGGUUAUGAUUAUUCUCUAUCGGUUUUUAGUACCGAAGUGCCUAUUAAAACUUUAGUAUCAGAGUUCUGCUUCUUUCUUUUCAAUAAAGAAAAAAGCCAAUAUCGUCAUAAAAUUGAUGAAGAGAAUGUUAUGUCUGUUAUAGAAUUAUUAGGAAUUAAUGGAAAUUCUGAAUUAGCCAGAGAAAUACUGAAAACCUAUAAGCAAUUGGAGAAUGGGUCCUUGCUAUUAUGUAUUCUCAAGAUAGUAAUGAAUUACUAUAAACCAGAUAACUCAUCUGAAGAAGGUAAUAUUAUUGAGAUUGGAAAAUUCAUAAAGAAAGUAACGCUUCAUUUUGAUCUACCGACAUCAGUUGUCAACCAUAUGAUUGAUAAGAUAAACAUAAUUGUUAAAAAUCAUAUGAAACAAGUAAUUGGAAAUAUAUCUAAAUACCAUGACCAAGAAAAGUAUAUACUCAGAGCAGAAUAUAGGAAUAAAGAAAAUGAAUUCAGACACAAGUUGACAGAAGUUGAUAAAUUUCUCAAUGAAGAAACCAAAAGAAUCGAAAAAGAACAUAGAAAACUUGUAUUUUUGACUGAAAAUAUGGUUUCAAAUGAAAGAAAACUUUCAGAGAAAUCUAAAGAAAUGGAAAGUAAGUUGAAGAAAAUAAAUGAACUAGAAGUUAAACUAGCAGAAAACGUACAGAGUGGUAGUAGAAGCAAAACUGUCUCGGAUAAAGAGUUGCAACAUUUAGGAGAAACAUGUAACAAAGUUCACUGUACUCAACUCUGUAAAGACAAUUUGAAGGAAAUUGAGCAGUUGAAAAUACAGAAGGGUGGUUUUGAAAAAAUUGUUGAAAAUCAGAAUACCCUUAUAGUUAAUCUUACUGCUAAAACCAACAUUUUGUAUAAACAGGUGCAAGACAGUGCAAGAACAAUUGAAAAUUUGAAACAACAACUACAAAGGCAGGAAGCACAAUUAGAAGUUGAAAGAAAGAAGAAGGAGCAGUUUUCUGAAAGAACUAUUUCUAGCAGUGAAGCUCUCACAAUUGGAACAGAUGGUGAAGGUGAUCAUAACGUGGAAGAUGCAAUCAGAGAAAGCCAUUUCAAAUUGGAACAAUUAGAAAAAGAAAGUAUGGAAAUUGAACAGAAAUUCCAACAAUUUAAGUUCUCUAUACAACAUAGGUAGGGUGGAAUAGCUCAAAGGAAUUGUUUUAGAAGAUAAAUGAAUUUUUUACUUGUUUCUAUCAUUAUCUAUCUAAUAAAUGUUUUAUUUUAACUGUA